AUGGCCCACUCUCCUCUGCUCUCCUGGGACCUGCAGAGGAGCAGCUUGGCCCUCAGGCUGCAGGGUCCUUUCCAAGACGGGACACAUAUGCAGGCUUUGUGUGGGGCUCCCAGGGACACGGGCCGCUGUAGGGGCCUGAGGCGGGACUGGCCUUUGAUGGUGGGGGAGAUCAAAGAACAAAACCAACUCAAUAUGUUUGUGUAG